AUGACCCAUUCCCAGUCUGACAGACUUCGUGCUGUCAUCGCCGUCAGCAGAUUGAGCGACCGUCACAGUGACAAGGCGAAGCUAGACAGACUGGAUGACAGAAACAAAGAUUUAGCCGAGUUUGCAGUGGCUGCACAUCGCGACACUCAUCUUUGCUCCUGUGUUCCGGAGAUCCAUACCAUCCUUCUCAAUGGCGUUUCCUCAAAUACCAAUGCCGAACAAUGCACCGCUUCCUCUAUACAGCUGACGGCGUUUCGCAAGAUUCUGGAAGACCUUACUCAAAGAUCACAAGAUGGAACUACACUCAUAGUAGUGAGCACAAUCGAUGGACUCUGGACCAACGUCUAUGGCUUUGUCAACUUCUUCGCCCCGUACUUGGAAAAGUUACGGCUAGAAUACCUAAUACACGAAGGUUUCGGAUCGUAUCGCCAAUACUCGGUGAUCCAGCUCGUUCAAGCGAUUUGUGAAGUCCUGGAAGGCAAAGACCUCAGCCAUUUGGGCACAAACACUGAUCAAUUGAUUCGCCAAUGGAUUGUCACAGCCUACAACAAGCUCUACCAGCGAGAGGGUAAUCUAUCAGUCCGCGUUCUUAUGACACAAAUGCGCAACACUAGCAUAAUUGACAUUACCUCCUCACAGCUUAGGCCGCAUAUGGACCCAAGUACCAGGGUUGUGCGGAUUAUUCGGUCAGGAGGUACAGAUUUUCAACCAAUCUUCAAACAAGAAGAAGAGCAGCGGCAUCGUCUUGAAAAGACAGGUGGCUUUUUACUGUGUCCUGAGAGGAAUUGCGGAGCAACUUACUUGCGACUUGACCAACUAGUUCAUCACCUUCUCGAAAAUAUUCUCACUGUGUCUCCUGGUGACCGUUCCUGUCCACUGUGCCCUGCCGGUAUUGCCAGAUGGAAUUACCUUUAUCUUGCUGACGGCAUCUAUCACCUUUUGCGACAUCUCAGUCCACCAAACUCAAAGCUUCUGCAAGACAAGAGAAAAGCGCAGUGUCCUUUCUGCUUCAUUUUAAUGCCCUCAGCCUCCAUCGUCUACAAGCACAUCGAAUAUGUUCAUCUGAGAGCUCUUGAGAUUCGCUGGGCUGCUGUCUCGUCGAACUUGGUGUCUAGAGAAACUGCCGCUGCGAAUGAUGAGGCUCUAACCUUAGCUAUUCGAGACAGAAAUCGUACGGAAUUAGCGCAAUUGCCAGACUUAUAUCGGCAGUUGGCCACAAUGAGCAAGUCUCAAGUGUCAUGGUCAGGCUCACUCUUCAGAGCUUAUGAAUCUGCGCCAUCAGGGAAUCCUUUUUCUCACAUCUCGCUUCUCAGUCUCAAGAAGCUCAUGAGCCCUCUAGCUCAGAAUGAUCUUGUCCCUCAUAAGAUCGAUACCUCUCACCCCUCACAGCCCGUCCCUGCUACCUCUCUGGAAAUGACCACUGCCCAUUCUGUGGGGCAUGGCGUAUCCGGAUCUUCAGCUGCCGGGCAGAAAUGGUUCAUGAAGUUUUCUGACCAGGCCAAUGUCUCUGGUAACCAACGACGCAAUACCAGACAAGUGGCUAUCCAGCGGGACGAUAAAAAUUGGCUGCUGUGUCCUUUGGAGGCGGAAUGCGGGCUCUGUCGGUGCAAAAAGUCCUUCGAAAGCACCAAGUCACUGUGCGAACACAUAUGGCUUGUCUUGAGCAACUGCAAAGAUAGAAGCCAGCGCCGAUGCCCCUGGUGCCCAAGUAAGCCAGAUAUUAUUUUGAAGCAUACUGAGAAAAACGCUCGGAGAACCAGUCGACCAAAUGAUAUACGUCACCUCCGUCGCCAUUUUCCUCCCGACGUUGUCUGCGCAUUAUGCGAUCACCUUUCUCGUACCGAAAGCGACAUGUGGACACACCUGAGGACUGUUCACUAUACGUGGCAUUGCAAGCAGAAAGGCUGCAAAGCAAUCUUCGAGACAGAGGAAGAAUUGAAGGCACACGCGGAGUUUGGGCACUCAGAAAGCUCAAGUUUGGCACAAACGACUCAAGAACAGGCUUAA